AUGCCCUCCAACGAUGGACAUGAGCUGAGAAGUCUUGACUGCCUUUCCCUGAUACCAACAGAGGCCGAGGGUUGCAACAACUACCUGGUAGACAAUGACGUUUCGACUUUAUUGAUUUGCAAAGCACAAUUCAACGAUGCUCAAGGAGUUCCAUUGGGGAACCACAGUGCCGGCAGUGCAGUCGCGGUACCCAGACGGUCGCACAAGCACCGCAACGAAGGCAGCAGCGGCACCUGUCAUGAGUCGGUGAUUGCAUCUACUCGACGCUGUCUUCCAGCGGUACCGCAGGACUGA